ACCUAAAUCCUGUCCUUGUGGUUACCAAUCACUUCCAAGAUUUCCCCCUAUUCCCUUGAUUCACUUAUCUCUCUCCUACCCUCUUCCUAGUUUUCCACAGUCCUACUUCCUCCGUCCAAAAAACCCAACUUUUUUUUUGGUUUUAUGUAUUUUCUUUCACUUUCUCUCUCCUCAUGAUUCCUGUAUUUAAUUAAACUCCAAUCAACAAUCUCACAAAUGUUACCCACUUAGGAAAAGUUAUUUAGUUUUUCCCAAAAAAAAAAAAUUCUGCCAAUGUCUCACCCUUCAACAGUCACUUCAGAGCCCUCUAAUUUGAUAGAUUAUGUGUCUAAAUUGGGUCAUUUAGCACUAAAUUCAAGUUUUUUGGGUCAUAAUUCAACUGGGUAUUCAUCAUUUUCUCCUAAUUACUUGAAUUUUGGUAGUUUAGGCACUCAAAACAGGUUUAAAUUUGUUAAUUCUUUGAGUUUUAGUAAAGGGGGUUCUAAUUUGAAGAAGAUAUUGACUGAUUUUAAUAGGGCUGUUAGGGUUCAUUGUGAUAGAAUCCCACUUGGGUUUUCUUCAAUUAGUCUUAAUUCAGGGGAAAGUAAUGGAGUGAAUGGUAAUGGAGAUGGAGUUGUGGAUGAUGUUAGUGUGCCUGUUAAUGGAGUUGAGGCUGAUAACUCUAAAAGAGUGCUCAUUUUGAUGAGUGAUACCGGAGGCGGUCACCGGGCUUCAGCUGAAGCUAUUAAGGCUGCUUUUUAUGAAGAAUUUGGUGAUGAUUAUCAGGUAUUUGUUACGGAUUUGUGGUCUGAGCAUACACCUUGGCCCUUUAAUCAAUUACCAAAGAGCUAUAACUUCUUGGUGAAACAUGGCCCUCUCUGGAAAAUGACAUAUUAUGGGACAGCUCCUCGUGUAAUCCAUCAGUCGAAUUUUGCUGCAACAUCUAUGUUCAUAGCACGAGAGGUUGCUAAAGGGCUGAUGAAAUACAAGCCUGAUAUCAUUAUUAGUGUGCAUCCUCUAAUGCAGCACGUUCCACUUCGAGUCUUAAGAUCCCGAGGCCUGCUUGAAAAAAUUAUCUUUACUACUGUAAUUACGGAUUUAAGCACCUGUCAUCCUACCUGGUUUCAUAAGCUUGUGACAAGAUGUUACUGCCCAUCUAACGAGGUGGCUCGAAGAGCAACAAAAGCUGGUCUGCAGCCUUCCCAAAUCAAGGUUUAUGGACUUCCGGUGCGGCCUUCCUUUGUUAGAUCUGUUCGGCCGAAGCAUGAGUUACGGAAGGAGCUAGGAAUGGACGAGCAUCUUCCUGCCGUAUUGUUGAUGGGAGGCGGGGAAGGAAUGGGUCCCAUUGAGGGUACUGCACGGGCUCUUGGAAAGGCAUUAUAUGAUGCUAAUCUUGGUGAGCCGAUCGGUCAAGUUAUUGUAAUUUGUGGUCGCAACAAAAAACUUGCCGCAAAAUUGCGUAAAAUUGACUGGAAGAUCCCCAUCCAGGUGAAGGGCUUUGUUACUAAAAUGGAGGAAUGCAUGGGAGCUUGUGAUUGUAUCAUAACAAAGGCUGGCCCUGGAACGAUUGCAGAAGCAAUGAUUCGAGGACUACCCAUUAUUCUAAAUGAUUACAUUGCUGGGCAGGAAGCAGGAAAUGUUCCCUAUGUUUUAGAAAAUGGUAUCGGAAAAUAUUCGAAAUCGCCCAAGGAAAUAGCCAAUAUUGUUGCUCAAUGGUUUGGUCCAAAAUCCAACGAGCUGCAAAUUAUGUCGCAGAAUGCCUUGAAGCAUGCAAGGCCUGAUGCUGUCUUCAAGAUCGUUCACGAUCUUCAUGAACUCAUCAGACAACGAAGUUUUGUACCCCAGUACUCUUGUACUGCCUGACUUUGAAGAACAACAAGAAAACAUAACGCAAGUAGGGAGUUCAAGUUUCUAGGAACCAAUUUUACUCCUGAUUUUUUUGAGGUGCAGGGGAUGGGAAAUCAUUGUGUAGGAAAAUGGUGAUUGUAUUCGUAGUAGCGUAGCAUGAUAUGUGUAUUUACAUGAGCAAAAGUUAUUAUUUGUAUUUCAACCAUUCUUAUUGAAGCAUGCACUAUUUGGUGAGUGAAGAGUUGAUAAGGAGAGGCAAUAAUUCAAAAAUAACUACUUUAACUACCACCCAAUAUUAUUGUGGGUUGUUUUCACCUGAA